AUCUUUGCCAUCCAGACCUCUCACACCUCUUCACUCUCACCACACCCGUUACACAAUUGUUGUCAUCUUGGUCACGAUCCUCACCCACACGCGUUCCAGACGGCAAAAGCAAAAUGGCUCAAACAAUGCCACUCGUUCCGCGAAUCUUCUUCCGCUACGUCGAGCCUGCCCCAGUCACAUACGGCGCGAUCCUCGGGGUCAUCAACCCCAGGCCAUGACCGGGCUGCUUGCGUCCACAUCUCGUCAUGAUCCCACACCUUUGGAGACCCUCGCCUGUCUGUACUUCAGCAACAUGCUCUGGCUUGUCGCCAUGUUGACCGUCGUCGUGUUCUGGUUCAGCUCGGAGAUCAAAGUCAUCAAGGGUUAUGUGCUUGUGAGCGCGUUGUCGGAUUUCACGCCUUGGGCAGGGAUUACGUAUGCUUUGAAACUUGAAGCCGGAGCCUGGGACGCGGCCAAUUGGUCCUACGUGACACCGGACUUGAGAGCGCAGAUUCUCGUGCCUGUUGCCACGUUCUCGAUCAAGCUGGGCUACCUGCUGGGACUGUUUGGGCAGGAUCGGGCACCGCAGAAGAAGACGAUAUAGAAGCAAUUCUAUAGUGGCAGGUUGUCGUAAGGCCAUCGGAGUGAUUAUAACACCACGACCCCGCCGUAUAGAAAAUCCCCUAGGCAGAUGAUCAUUGCGACGGAAGUUAAUGUACCAAGAGGCCCAGCCCUAGUAUGUAACUCUUAGGACCGCGGCAUUGAUGGAUAAUUCACG